UCAGAGUCAGAGACAAUAGGCAGAAUGAUGUUGAAGUUGUCAUAUCUCUAUGGAAUUCAUGAAAGUUGUUGACUUUUUUGACAGUAACACGGCUGUCAUGUCAUCGUCAUUGAUCGCCGGAUAGAAGCAGAGCUCGAUUUCUCUCAAUAACAUGCGGACUGCAAUUCUAUUUGUUUAUAUUUUAUGUAAAUAAAGAUUUAUCUGUAAAAGUACAGUUGUGAUAUUAGUAUAGACCUUUAAGAAUAAAAUUCGUUAAAUUACAACCCCAAGAUGAUGGAACAUAUUCGGCAAUUCGAUUGGUGUGCACCUAUACCUGAGAGUCAUUUUGUUGAAGAAUCGGACUUGGACAAUUGUAACACUGAGAAGAUAAUAAAGAACAGAUUCCACGAUCCCCUCUUAUCUAGUGAGUCAGAAGAUGAGACGCCUGCUAAAAUUAACUGGGAUGAGAUGUUCAGAACAAGAAAAAACCACAAGAUAAAAGUAUAUGUGCCCUGUUUAAGACCUGUGCCACAGUAUCCCAAACUAUCAGCACUCACAAAUCAGCAGCAUUAUCAAAUAUUGAAAGUGUUAAGCGAGGAGAACCCUCACAUUGCACCAGAUUUAGUGAUACAUAAACCCCAGAGGCAAGACCACAAAGUUUAUGAGGCUGUAAAAGAAAUAUAUCUGAAAGAGCAAAAAGAAUACAUGGAAUGGGCAAAGACAUUAUGGUACAUGGACCAUUGUAUUAGAGCUCUACGUCCCAAGCCUGCAGUAGAAACAGUGUAUGAAGCAGAGUUCAAGGUGAAGAUACAACGGAUGAGUAGUUUACCAAAGAAGUAUGAUAUUGCAGCACAGAUACCAUUAGAGAGUAGGAGGAAAACUUGUGAUGCGGUGUUGAAACAAGAGUUGAUUAAUGUACCUUUAUCGGACAUACCUUUCGCCAAAAUACCAGAGAACAUCAACAAGCAAUUCAGCAUCCUUCGCCCAUGUGCAGUUCCAGAGCCAUGUCAAAAACAUCCUUACCAGUUUGUUUUGCCAAAUGAAAAAGGGGUUUCAGUUCUCCCAACAUCAGAAAUCCACAGGGAGUUAGCUCUGUAUGCAUUAACAAAUGGAGCUCAAUACAUAGCCAGUGAGAAUGCACUUAAAUGUCUCAUGCAACAGAAUAGACCUUGGAUUAUACCGGUAUCUGUCUGCGAGACCAUUGGACCUGAUGGUGACAAAGUCAACGUCGUGGUGUUAGACAGUGAGUUUUCUGCUCACAAGGAGGACCCACAAAUGAGGACAUAUAAGGCGUUUAGACAUCUACUGGAACAGGCUCUCAUACCUAUGAAAGAAAAAGAGAAACUGCUGAAAGACAAGAAGAAGGAAGUACCGUCACCAGUCAAGGCUGAGACUACAGAGGACGCUGACAUGCUCAGCGAUGACGAAGAUAGCAUGUUUAUAUGUACCGAUGACAAUACAGACAACACAGAAACAGAAUCAGUACAACCAAGUUGGAGUAAGCGAAUAGAUAAUAAACUUAAUAAUUCAAACUUGGAGAAGGAUAGUGUAGGGUACAUCACGAGGGCUGUGAGCAGGAAGAUCAGUGAGGAUGUCCAUGAUAUUGGACUCUACAACUGCACUUGUAAAGACACAAUAUACGAGCAUCCACCACGUCGUUCGUUCAAGAGGUGGCAGUUUAGGAGCAAGAGUGAGAUAAACUACGACAUUAUUAUACAUUGUCCACAUAAAGCAAGGAGUAAAACAGGCGAGUUGCUUAUCGAACCCAUAGUGGAUUACCAGCUAGAUUUGGGGGCAAGUAAGCAGUCGACUGACAGCAUUCGGAGUUUGGCGCUCUCGCUCAUGCUGAGGAAAAAUGCAUCGGUAGUGCUAGCUCGCGUGGACGGCCCCACCGGCGAGGUGGCCUCGCUCCUGCCGAUGUCGGCGGACACGUUCUGCGGCCAGCACCCCGGCGUGAGCGGCGCCCUACACAACACGCUGUACACCGCGCUGGGGCAGCUGCAGGGGCUCGUGCCCGGCCACUACGUACUGCAGCAUGAGGUGUCGCACGGGCCGCACGCGCUGCUGCUGUCCCCGCGCGGCGCGCGCGGCGCGGCCCUCUCCCUGUGCGGGGCGGCGCCGCCGCGCGACGAGGACAGGCUGGCGCGCAAGCCGCCCGACCUCACGCCUGAACUGCUGCCGUACCACAAAUCCCGAAAGCUGCUUCCGUGCGCCUUCACACCGUACCCCAACCAACUCGUUAGGGAAACAAAGAAACCAGCGCCCAAGAAGAAAGCACCCCCUCAAGCUAUCAAGUUGCAAGCGGAGCAGCCGGAAAGCGGGACCACUCGAAAGGUACCAUCACCUACUGGUGACUUGUCCAACGAAUUUAACGAAUGCCCGACGUAAAGUAUGGCUUGCCUCAGAGAUUAGAGGGGAUAGUUCCACUGGGUUCUGUGUUGCCAACAUUUUACCCAGAUGUUUGUUUUUUGUUGUAAAGCAGCUGCAUUUAGUCUAUUUUACGCUUUUAUAUAUAUUGUGUUAAAAACGUAUAUAGUUUUGGUUACUGCCUCUUGUCCAAAUUUGGUUUUGUUUUCUAUUUAUGUGCUAGACCAUAUUUUCAAAAUUAAAUACCUUUUUACCUGCUUGCUUGAAUUAUACGUUAUGUUUAUUAUUUUGCCUUUUAAUUUACCCGAGUAGAACUAUCGAACUAAUCUCUGAUGAAUUUGUAUCGAUUGCCGGGUCACGCAGGCCCGACGGAGAAGAUAUUGGGAAUAACGAGGAUGUGCUGCUGUCUUGUAAAACCGAAUAAAAAAUAAUACGAUUUAAACAGUCAAAUUCUGGCAGAACGAAUUUUCAAGUAUAUUUUUUGGCCAUGACCAGUAUAAUGAUGACUAUUUUUUUUACUCAUUUAUAUGUCCACAAUCCACAUUCAUUCAUUAAUUCAUUUUCAUUUUUUAUUAUUUUCUUCGUUAUGCCAGAACUGAAGUACCAAAGCAAAUAAGACACAGAAACAGGUAUCUAAGUGACAGUUUUUAUGUACUAUCCGUUUGAAAUACAGUACCUAUUUAGGUUUCGAUUCAUUUUACCGGGACUUCAUUUAUCUAUGAUUAUUUUUAUCAUCACGAUCAUAAAACUUAAUGAAAAAUAACUUUUUUAAAUAAAUACAGCAGAUGCUAAGCUUCCCGGACUUCCAGUGGCGGAUUUAUACCAAACAGCGCUUGCAUGACGUCUGUGUUGUGGCUAAUUAUUUUCAUUUAGUUUCUUAAUUCUUUGGUCACACUGAGAUUCAGUCCUCUUGUCAGAAGGAGUAAUAUUAUAUCAAAUUCACUCCUUCAAAUACUUAAUUUUCAUUUCAACGAUUUUUUUUCUACAACUUUGUUUUUGCAAUACAUUAACCUGAUUUUAUCAGGUUUAAAAGAAUGAAAAAAGGUGUUUUUGUGUAGUAAAUUGCUUCAUAAAGAAUGUUAUUGCGCUGGCUUCGCUUCAUAAGUAUGUGCUCUCAAAAUUGACAUGUUGAAAUAUAAUUCUUCUGAUAUCAUUAUAAUAUCUUUUACUUCUAACCGAAAUGGUAAAUCUAACGGCCACGUGCAAUAGUUAUCAGCACGUACUAGAGAAAAAUGACCUUUUAAAACUACUAUAAAAUUACUCUACGUUCUCAAACCAUCUUUAACGUUUAAUCUAAAUACCACAAUAACGACGGUAAAAUUACCUAUAAGAGUAUCAAGUGUAGAUGAUUUUUUAAUACACAAAAUAUUGUCAGUGUUUUAUUCCGCUUUAGUGCAUGGCGACAAAAAAUUAUAUAGUACGAUGAAACUUUUUGACUGAAACUGUUUUUUAUUGAGGCUGAUUGACGUUUAAAAAGAAGACAAACUGUAGUCUAGUCUGCAUGAAAUUUUGGAGGCAGUCACUUUUUAUUUAAAAGUAAAAGUGUUUAGACCUUAUCUUGUGUUAAGUCUUACAGCCCUCUCAAAUAUAGUCUCUAAUUAAGGGUCCGAUUUAUAGGUUCCUUUUAAUAUCUUUACCUUUACUUAUAUACGUAUAUCGUAUAUCGACAAAAUAACACGUAUCUGAUUAAUCGGACCAGUUAAAUGAAGACCAUGUUUGAACGGGGAGUUAUAUGAAUACGAGUGUUCUAUAUUAUGAUUUUACUUAUGUCUGUGUGGGGCUGUCAACGUUUCUGUAGGUUUUUUAUUUUUAUCCAGCUUAUGCGGUACCUAUAUUUUUAGGUAGAUACUUGAAUACCCUCAAAAUCCGCCAUUGUAAUGCCCCAUACCUAAUAUCGGAAUCAAAUGAAUAUGUUAAGAUUCCUCCAUUUCUUGUGUUAGGUAACGAUAAAUUAACGAUAAACUUUGACUUGGUUGCUUGCGUUAACAUUUUGCUGCUGAGCAAACUCAUGAUUUAUUUAGCAAUAUAUUAUUUGAAUAAUGUUUAGCACUGUAACAUAGUGAAUUAAGUAGAAUUAUUCAAGCUCCUAAAAUGGGGGAGUUGAAAA